UCGGGUGAUGCGAAGGUCGCGGCGGAUCGCGGCCCGCGCCUCCUCAGUUGUCGUCGGACGGUUCUAUCCUAGGCAUUGCGUCCGAGACUCCCAAACUCUUCAGGUCCUCCUCAGAUCCAAACCGCAGAAAAGCCGAAUCUUCGGCUAGGUGCGCGUGCCAAUGGUGCAGUCGUACUAGUAGUUCCGCCGUGCCCAUACUAUAUAGUUUGCAGUUCUCUCUGUACUUUGUUCACAGUGUGCGAGCGUGUAUCUGCAUGUGAGAGUGUGUGUGUUUGUGUGUGCUGCUUGCCGCCGCCGUCGCCAGUUGCGACUUUGAAGUCGCGGUGGGCCAACGCCGGCGUCGCGACGCCCGCCGUCCGCGCCUCCACCUCUCAUUUCCGGCGCGGCCAGUCGAUCGCCGCUGCCCGCUUCCGGCCCCGGCUGCCCGUUUCCGGAAUUUUCGCAGACAUUUCAGACGAUGGAUUCCCGCUUCGGGCUCGACUUCAUAGUCGAGAAUCCCGGCUACAUUCGGAAGCUGGCUGCAGCAUUAGAGUCGAAGACUGUUAAAGUCAAGAAGCAAGUCUUUGAACUACUAUCAGCACUAUGCGCCCACAACGAGGAGGGUCAUGCACUCGUGCUCAACACAUUGGAACACUACAAGAGUUUGAAGUCCGGACGGUACAGGUUGAGCGUCAUCGUGAAGGAGCUGGCCGAAGCCACGGAGUUAGACUACCAGACAGCUUUGGUGGCCUUCAUCAACUGCCUAAUCAUCUCCAUACCUAGGUUAACGGAUCGCAAUAGGCUUCGCAAUGAGUUUAUAGGAUGUCAUCUACUUCCGGUGCUCAACAAUCUCAGGCAAUCGGCGGAAGCGGAGCCCGAAUUGGCAGUGCAAUUGGACGUGUUCGACGAACAACGGGACAGCGACGAUGCGCAAAGCCUUCAGGGUCCGCACGGGGUCGACCUCAACUCACCAUUGGACGUUUUCUACGCCACACUCAAACAGGUUGCCGAAACUCCUCAGGAAAUACCUUUUCUGAGAAUAUUACAACAUAUGUUGAGGAUCGACCCGAAGGAGGCUUUGAGCGAUGUAAUCUGGGAUACGGCUGAACGCCUGGUGCAUAGGGCUACUCUGAUGGAGUCGCGCGAAGAUGCCGCUCGACUCUUAAGUUCACCAAGUCAUCAAAGCAGUCGACCAAUAUGCCAGUGCCGUUCAGACACCAACAUUAGGCGUCAAUCACUAAGCCAGUCAGCGUCGUCGACUUCUAUCUCUUCGCCUCCUCCGCCGCCUCCACCAGGUCCAGCAUUACCACCGCCGCCUCCGCCACCACCGAACAUACCUCCCCCAGCGCCACCUGCGCCGACGAAAGCACCCCAAAUGUACAAGCAGUCCAAGGAGUCCGAAAACAGCAGGGAGGUCGUUGAAAAGUUACCUCAGCAAGAAAUACCAACGCCGAAGAUAAAGAUGAAGACCAUCAACUGGAACAAAAUUCCUAACAACAAGGUCGUAGGUAAAAACAAUAUUUGGACUCAGGUCGCUCACAACCAUCAGAAUUCGCCUAUGGCUGAUAUGGAUUGGUCAGAGAUGGAGGGCCUCUUCUGCCAGCAGCUUUCGCAAUCGUCGCCAAAGAUGGGAUCUAGGGACGCUGCGCCGACAACGACAACAACCAACGAAACGAUCGAACGAAGAACGCGCAAAGAUAAUCCAGAGAUCACUUUGCUCGACGGAAAGCGAAGCUUAAAUGUCAACAUAUUCUUAAAGCAAUUUCGAAGUUCCAACGAAGAUAUCAUCCAAUUGAUUAAGGACGGUCUGCACGACGAGAUUGGAUCCGAGAAGCUGAAAGGCCUCCUGAAGAUUUUACCGGAGAUCGACGAACUGGACAUGCUGAAAUCGUUCAACGGCGAUUUCGAGAAGCUCGGCAACGCCGAAAAGUUUUUAAUACAGUUGACCGGAUUAUCCAAUUACAAGCUUCGCAUCGAAAGUAUGCUGCUGAAGGAGGAAUUCGCUUCAAAUAUGGGCUACUUGGAGCCGAGCAUAAACUCGAUGAUUGCAGCUGCUGAAGAUUUGAUGACUAAUAAGCCGCUCCAGGAAGUGCUCUAUAUGGUGCUGGUGGCAGGAAACUUCCUGAACUCCGGUGGAUAUGCAGGGAACGCCGCCGGUGUGAAAUUGUCCUCGCUGCAGAAAAUCACCGAUAUCCGAGCCAAUAAACCCAAUAUGAACCUCAUACACUUCGUCGCUCUUCAAGCGGAGAAGCGCAACAAAAGUUUGUUAUCAUUCACGACAAACAUCAACGUGCUGGAAGAUGCCGCAAAAAACACCGUGGAGCAGCUACACAACGAGAUCAAUGCGCUUUACGUGCGAAUAAAGAAAAUACAAAAGCAGAUCGAUGCGCCAACCAUAGAGAUGGAUAUCCGGCAACAGAUGUCUGAGUUUCUACAGAUGGCCGAGCACGAGGUGACGGGUUUGCUGAAGGUAAUGGGUGAAUUGGAAACGGUACGCACGAGACUGGCAGAUUUCUUCUGCGACGAUCCGAGCUGCUUCAAGCUCGAAGAGUGCUUCCGCGUUUUCCACAGCUUCUACUGCAAAUUCCGUCAAGCGGUGACUGAGAACGAAAGGAGAAGAGCGCAGGAAGAGCAGGCGAAUGCUAGGAGACGUCAGAGGGAGGAGCUAUUAGCAACCAAACGAAGACAAAUGGAAAAUUUGGUUAAAUCGCAAGAAGAGGAUACUCUGAUCUACGACAGUCGAACUGGGUUCACCAGGAAGGAGAGGAAAAGCGGAGGCGGGUUGACGUCCGAUGACGAAAUCUCCAUAAGAGGGUCACCGUCGGUGACGAGAAGACGUUUAGAGAGCUUUAACGGGCAGAACAGCGAUGCCGCAAUUAAAGAUGAUAAAUCACCAGAUAUAACACCUACCGGGAGCUUGAGAAGGAGACGUAGCCGAGUUUUGUCGGAAGAGGACGAAGGUAGUUUGAUGGACUUCUUAAGGACUUCAGGCGAUGGCAAUGGUAACGGAAAUAAUAGGGAGAGGAAGUGUUGGGGUAGUCUAGAUAGGUCUUGGGCGAGAAGAGCUCGUGGUAAUUUGUCAUGGAAACGGCCAACUCUUCUCUCAGCCGAUUUCGGCUUCGGGGAAGAUCGAGAAAGACCGUCGUCGCCAUCCCCACUGACUGAAAAUAAACCAUUAGAGGUAGUUGAAAGUAAACCGAAGGAGUGGCGUCAAAACAUCGAGUCCUGGCUACGGGCCAAUGAUAUCACGGAUGAUCAGAACCGCAGUAGUAGGAGAUUGAACAGCAGAAAAUCAGUGGAAGCAGAUUCAGAGAGCGAUCGAACCAACAAUACCUUAGAUACUCUGCCAGAAGGAAAGCAGGUGUACAGCGGCAGCCAAACGAAAUAUCGGCGCGUUUUCCCAGAUUGGAAACCUUCGACGACCAUCGAUAAUACGGAUGUGGUCGGCGCCAUGGAAAUAGUAGAAGAAGUCCAGCCACAGUUGAAGGAUAAAUCCGCAUGGAGAAAAUCAAAUUUGAACGUAGCAAACAGUUCGGAGGAGACUAAGGAAUCGGCGCGUCGUCCAUUCAAGCCGCCUCCCGAUGAGUCGCCGGUGGACAACAGGAAGAUGUUGAUAAGUGCACUGGGCGAUCGUCCGCCCACAGAUAAAUUAACAAUCUAUAUCAGGAAACCUUCAAAAGACGAUUCGCCGCCAAGUAAAGACAUCGAUCAGGACAACAUCGAAACACCACCGAGUACGAGAAGGAUCAUCGAAAAACGCGAACCCGUCCAACCCACACCUUGCAAGCGAUUAUUGGCGCGACCCUCCAGGGAAUCAUUGACGAGUCCCGAAGACCCAGAUCAAUCAGUUGCAAACACUCUCGGCCAAUUUGAUCGCUUCUCUGCGACAAGACGAACUCGGAGAUACAAGCGAUCCACGGAAGACGAUUCUCGUUUAUCCGAAGCCUCCGACGAUUCGAAGUUGAGGAAGCACAAGGACACGAACGAACUGACACCCCGUAGCUUCAAGCGUACCCCAGACGAGGAGGCAUUGGAUCCGAGAAGGACGAAGCGUCCUGUCGAAGACAAUUCGUUGACGAAAAAAUCUGUGACAGACAAAGGUAAAAGUGUCGUCGAUUCGGCACCGCAAAAACCGUGGCGACUUAGCAGAUCGAAUUCACUGAAAUCGGACACUCCUCCGAAGACGGCAGAAGUUCCGCGUCUACGCCGCUCAUCGAGAUCCGAGUCCACCACAAAACCGAUGCAGCGCAACAGGGACUUGAAAUCGACGAAAUCCAAUAGCCACGAAGACGAGGGCUUCGAGGAGUCUCAGAGCCUGAUGUCAGAAAGCCCCAGCCAAGGGGCCUCCUCCAUCGAGACUCCGCCGGAAUUUCCCAAAAUUCCGCAGACUUUCAAGCGUACUGAUCGCUUAAGACAUACCAUUGCAGAGCCUAUCAAGAAGACUUCCACCAGACACCAAACGCCAGUAAAAAGAUCAAACUCAAGGAACAGCAUCAUGAGCUCGCGCAGCUCUUUAUCAUCCGUCAACACGGUGAAAACAACGUCAACAAAGCCCGCACCGAAGGUUUCUAUGAAACGCACUUCUUCGGUGACGAGCACGACUUCAAAGACCCUUCCACCGCGACCUCUGGCUGCCUUCAUGAAACCAACAGCCGCCAGCGCCACUAAAUCCAGCCAAAUCGGAUCGACUACAACCACCGCCAGCAGAAUCACAACUCCGUUUCGCUCGAGCAGGAAUUGAGGACUCAAUUUAGAAAUUGCUCAAAAAAAUUAUUGAAAAAGGAAACCCAACCCCAAUUAUAGAAUAUAUCUAUAUUUAUAAAAUAGGCAAAGAAGAAAAGAAGCAUUCCGGACUCUUUUUUUUA